AUGUCGUCAUUACUUGACGGGCACAUGAAGCUGAUAAGGCUUCUCCAAGACUCCUCUUCAUCUAAGGCUCUGGGUUCACCGCGGCCCGAGGCUAUUCUCGGCCAUUUCAUGGCUGCCGUUUCAGCCGACGACGUCGACGCUCUUAAAUCACUCCUCGACGAGCAUUUCCCCGAACGGACCAAGCCUUUUCCGGGCGUCUAUUUCGUCUCCGAGCUGCUUCCUGUCGUCAGCCACGCUGCGCGGCACGGCCAGGUCGCUGUCUUAAAGGAGCCUUUUGCGUACGAGUCCAACGACUCUAACUUGACAGACUUUGCCGCAGAUGACGCUCUUGACGCCGGCGCCAAGGAUACGCUCCUCUUUUUCCUAGAGCAGAGGUGGGACAUGAACGAAAUUCGAAAGGACAAGAUAACGUUCUUAGCGUCGGCGUUGUCGGAGUCAAAGCCGCCGGACAAGCCGGAUCGAGGUAUGGUCUUAUGGCUCAUUCAGCACGGCGCUGACCUAAACGCUCGACCGCCGCACGUCGACGACACCGCAAUGUCCCGGGCCGUGAUAAACGCACCGCCCGACUUGAUUUGCGAGCUGCUCGACAGCUACGGGGGCGACGUCCACCGCGGCCAGCUGCUGCACAGCGUUUUGCUCCGGAGGCCUGGCGACCAUCUGGUCGAGGUCAUGGGCCUCCUGCUAAGUCGCGGUGCGCCUCUCAGCACGACAAAGUACGCGGGCGAUGCCAGAUCGCUGAACCAUUAUAGGACCUCGGACUUGGGCACACCUCUGCAUAUGGCCGCUUUGAUGGGAAAGGCCGAGGCCGUCCAAUAUCUCUUGUCCCAGGGCGCUGACGCGAGCAUCUGCAGCACCAAAGGCCAGACGGCGCUGCAGGGGGCCGAAAAAGCCCGGAGAGACGACGUGGUGGCAAUUUUGCGAUCGCCGGAUCAGUAUAAAUUGUAG